UUUGCUGCAAUCUAGUGGGACCAUAAAACAACCCAUUCAUGUUCAUGUUUGCCAGUGAAACGUCAGCGUUUUCCCCACACACUUACACAAACCCAGUGUUACGGAUUGUGGAUUACAGAUCGCGGACUUGUCUUAAAGGAUCAACCACAGGGAUAAAGGCUCCUGGGCCCAGCCUCGUGGAGCUAAAACACAAGAGAGACCAGAAAGGGAAAGGUGUGGAAGUGCCAACAUCACCUCAAAACAAGGUCUCCAAACUCCAGACAGUUUGAACUGCCCCAGCAGCAUGGACACACAGAUAAUAUAUGAUCUUUUAGGGGAAAAUGCAUGGUUGUACAUCUUCAGCACAUUCGCGGUCCUUUGGGUGCUUGUCUGGCUGUACAGAGACAGUGUUGAAAUUGAUAACAUCGGUGAGAAAUAUGUUUUUGUGACUGGCUGUGAUACGGGAUUCGGGAACCUUCUCUGUAAGAAGUUGGAUCGUAAAGGUUUCCGUGUGCUGGCCGGGUGCCUGACGGAGAAAGGGGGCGAUGAUCUGAAGAGAGUAGCGAGCUCCAAGCUGAAGACUGUCCUGCUAGACGUGACCAGCCAGGACAGUAUACAGAAAGCAAUGGAGUGGACCAAGAAAGAAGUUGGAGAUAAGGGACUUUGGGGUAUUGUCAACAAUGCAGGCCGGGCGUUACCCAUGGGUCCGUCUGAGUGGAUGAAAAUCGAGGACUUCCAGUGCACGCUCAAAGUCAACAUGGAUGGAGUGAUCGCCAUGACGAUGACCUUUCUGCCCCUCAUCAAGAAAGCCCGGGGUCGAAUUGUGAAUGUGGCGUCAGUGCUGGGGCGCGUGGCUGCGAACGGAGGCGGAUACUGUAUCUCCAAGUUUGCAGUGGAGGCUUUCUCUGACUGUCUCAGGAGGGAUAUAAACAACUUCGGUGUGAACGUGUGCAUCAUUGAACCGGGGUUUUUCAAGACAGCCGUGACUAGUCUGGAGCCUCUUGAGAGAGAGUUGCACCGCCUCUGGAACCAGCUCAGCCCAGAAGUGAAGGCCAGCUACGGGGACAAGUACCUGGACAAGUACAUCAAAGUGCAGAGGUUGAUCAUGGGUAUUGUGUGCGACUCCGACCUCUCAAAAGUAACCAACUGUAUGGAGCACGCUGUAUCCGCUGCCCAUCCCAGGACCAGGUACAGCGCUGGGUGGGACGCCAAGCUCAUCUGGAUCCCCCUCUCAUACAUGCCCUCCUUCGUGGUGGACUUGGGACUCAAGCUGGUGCUGCCACGUCCCUCAAAAAGCGUCUAAGUCAAGAUCCGAUUUACGAUGUUGUGUUGUUUUAAAUUGCAAACAGAGGUUAAAGUUGCAACAAAAAGAUGUAACUUUUCUGGUUAUGGGUCCACCACGUGCAUGUCUCACUGGAAAUAUUUUUGCUUUGACUAGUAUGUUUCACAACUUAUCUGUUAUACAUUUAUUCUAUCACAUGUGCGUUAGUGAUUAAAAAUACAACCAUUCUUGCUGUGAGUGAGCUUACCGGUCCACAGAUCUGACCUGUUAAUACGACCUGGCAGCGUCACCUUCUUGUUAACAUAAAGAAAUAUAACGCCAUAUUCUGGAACGGGCUCCCCACCAGAAUUUUUUUUUUUUUUUUACAGUGAACCUUUAAACUGAAAAAUAUGCAAUCUGUACUUUUAUGUGUAUUUAUGGAAGUACCAUUUUACUGUGUAACCAAUUUGUUAUCAGUGCCAUUAGCCUAGAGUGCCUUCUUCUGUUUGUUAAUAUAGAACAAUGAAGAAAUAUGAAAUGCCUACAUAACUCGUUGUUGCCUUACAAAUUAUGUUAUUCUAUUAUUGUAUUAUGCCGUCAUAAUAAAGCAGAUAAAGAUGG